AUGGAGCAGUCCUUGGGGACGUCGAAGUACAGUCUUGUGGAGAUCGACCCAAUCUUGGCGAUACUGCGAUCGGUGCUGCAGUGCGGGACAAUCCGUCCGAGCGAAAUCGGCAUCUUAACUCCGUACGAUGCACAGAAGGCACGAAUUCGCUUCGCCUUGAACGACUCUUUCGAUAAGGCGCUGUGCUACCAGAUUGACGUUGACUCGGUUGAUGGGUUCCAGGGCAAAGAAAAGGACCUUAUCAUCUUUAGUGCAGUUCGGUCCAACCCAAGAGGGGAAAUCGGCUUCUUAAAAGAUGCGCGCCGGCUGAAUGUUAUGCUAACGCGUGCUAGAAGGGGCCUCCUGGUUGUUGGAGACCAGUUGUCUCUGUGGUAA